UAUUGCAUUGCCCUAGACACGUGUCCCAUUCUCCGGCGACCAGUUUUCUAUCUCACAUUCUCACUAAACCAUGAUGAUUUUCAUCGCCUCCGUUUAUUUCCGGUUAGGUUUAGAGAGAGAGAAAGAGAGAGAGAAUAAGGAGAGAAGUAGGUAUGGGAGGUGGAAAUAGGCGUGGUGAUGAGACUGGAAGCGCCGGCGGAGAUCCGAAGAGCAAGAUGAUAAUUAAUCAGAUCAUGUUGAGAUACCGGCCGAUUGCGCCGAGGCCGGUAACGGUGGAGAGAUCAGUCGGAGUGUUUCCGUUGAAGGAAAAGAGAGCAAAGCGGAAGUACGUUCGAGUGAAGAAGAAGAUGGCGAGAGAGUGUAAACUGACGGUGGUAGAUGACGGUAAACGAUGGCGGAGUUUGGAUGAGACGAUGGCGAUGCUGGAGGUUUCAAACGGAGGUGAGUUUGUUGUAACAGAUCCGGUGGGGAAAGUGCCGGAGUUUAUUAGUUUCGAUGUGUCUGGACAUAACAGGAGAGAUAAUAUUAUCGGUAGUUUGAUAACGCCGGCUCCGCCGUCGGUAGUUCUGCAUGAAAUAGAUCUGGCGAUGACGGUGAAGCGAGGAGCGGUGAUUGAGUCGUGGAUCACGAUGGAAUCUGUUACAGGAAUGUGUGAAGAUAGGAGAUGGUUACGUUGUACGGACGAUGAGAUAAUGAAAGAUCUGGAGAUUGAUAGCUGUCCAAGUUUCAUAUCCAACAGUUACAAUGAGGUCCAGUGGGUGAAUCUAGCGUACCGGAGGAUGGUGGCUUCAAAUCCUGACGGUGGAGCACCGCCGUGUCAGGUGUUGGUGCGGCUAUGUGAAACAGCGGCGGUAGUAAAUUACUGGCCAGCUUUUUCAUGCAGAGUGAGAUUGGUGUAUCAGUUAUUGGAGAAAAAGAAGCAGAUGACGGUGCCUUGCGACGUCUGGAAGAUGGAUUCCGGUGGCUAUGCAUGGAGGUUGGAUGUCGAAGCUGCUUUGAGCUUGGGGAGGUUGAAUUAAUUGAUGAAGAUCGAUUUUUUCAAACAGGGUCUCUAUUGGGCAACUUAAUUUUUAAUUGUAAGCGUAAUUUGGGGUGGCACGUUUCCACAUAGAAAUAGACAAAGAUGAAUGAAUGGGACCAUUACCUACUUACAUUUUAGUCGUAAAAUAAAUGCUUUGUUUUCACAGGUAAGAAUAAUGAUAUUUAAUGGGUGUGCUCCAAACCAGCUACUGUAUAUGCAAACCCAAAACCAGCUAACAUUGUAAUCUUUCUAUUAUCAAGAGAUAAGGGUUAAUU